AUGGCAGCGCCUGAUCCCGGCAUCCUGCUGCCGCAGCGAAUCGCCGGAUACGUCGUAGCCUAUUCGGGCCGCCAUCAGAUCGGCCUGGCCGGGCUGUCGGUGGCGGUCUUCGCGCUGGCCGCCGUUCCGCUGGAAUUGCAGCGCCGCCUCGUCAAUACGCUGGUCGAGCAGGGAUCGUUCACGACCGUGAUCUGGCUGGCGGCCGGUUAUGCGGCGGUCACCCUCGGUGAGCAGAUCCUGAAGCUCCUGCUCAAUGUCUACCGGGGAUGGGUUGCCGAGGACUCGGUGAGAAACCUGCGGCAUGUCGUGUCGACCGCUGCCGAACGGUCCGACCACAUCGGCUCGAUCGAUGAGAUCGGGGCGCAGAUAUCGAUGAUGCUGGAGGAGGCCGAACCGAUCGGCGGCUUCACCGGCAUAAGCCUCUCGGAGCCAUUGCUGCAGGCUGGAAUCCUGGCGAACCUGAUCGGCUACAUGGUCAUGCUCGACUGGCGGCUCGCCCUGCUCGGCCUCGCAUUCUUUCUGCCCCAGACGGUCUUCGUUCCGCUUCUUCAGGCCGGCAUCAACCGCAGGGCGCGCGAGCGGAUUCUCGUGAAACGGAGCAUCAGCGCCGGCGUGGUGGACAAUGUCGUCGCGCGCGCGGCGGGCUGGACCUGGGCCUACGGCCCGAUCGGCCGUGUCUUCACGCUCAACAUGGGAAUCUACCGGCUGAAGUUCACGCUCAACCUGCUGAUGAACAUGAUGCACCACCUCGGCGUCGCCUCGGCCCUGUGCCUGGGCGGAUGGCAGGUGCUGGAAGGCCAUAUGGAGGUCGGGACCGUCGUGGCCAUCGUCGGCGGCCUCGGCAAACUGAACGAUCCGUGGGGCGACCUGGUGAACUGGGCGCGCGAAUUCGCCGUGGUCGGCGUGAAAUAUCGCCUUUUCUCGGAGUUCGUGAACGGCCUUUCCCGGCGGCCUACGUAG